AUGACUGCAAAAGCGCUGCCAAAGGUCGAGCGGACGACCAUCGCGGGGUCAAUCGAGAUACCCCGCAUCCUAAACGGCCUCUGGCAGCUCGCCGGCGGGCACGACCAGGAUAUUAACGUCGCGGAAGCAGCAGACGCGAUGAAGCCAUUAAUCCAAGUUGGACUGGAUGGCUUCGACAUGGCAGACCACUACGGUCCCGCAGAGCUCGUCAUCGGCCACCACAAUCACACCUCACCCUCUCACGCCUCCAUCACAGCCUUUACUAAAUGGUGUCCUGCCGAGACCGGCGAUAAAUCCUUCAGGACAGCAGAGGCAGCCGUGGACCUCGCCCUCAAAAGAAUGGGCCAGAAACAGAUCGCGCUGAUGCAGUACCACGUUUGGGAUUACACCGACGACACGUACCUCUACAACCUAUCUCAUCUGCGCACCCUCCAACAAGCCGGCAAGAUUGCACACAUAGGACUCACCAACGUCGACGCGGCGCACUUGGAGCUGCUUCUUCACUCUGGUUACAAAAUCGCCACGAACCAGGUCUCGUGCUCCGUUAUUGAUCGCCGGCUGACGAGGGGCCGGAUGGCGGGGGUGUGUGACCGGCACGAGGUCGGCGUGUUGACGUAUGGGACUUUACUUGGAGGAUUUCUGAGUGAGAAGUGGGUUGGGAAACCGGAGCCUGCGGAUGAUGGGGAGGGAAUGAACUGGUGUCUGAGGAAGUACAUUCGCUUCAUACGCGCCGCGGGUGGCUGGGACGCCUUUCAGCAAGUUUUGAGUGCCGUCGCCGAUGUUGCGAAGAGGCACAGCGUCUCUGUUGCGGCGGUGGCGGUGAGGUGGGUACUUGAUAUACCUGUCGUCAAAGCCGUCAUCGUCGGGGCGCGGUUGACUUCCGAGAGUGGGAAGUACGCUGAGGCGAACCUCGCGGCGUUUGGGUUCUCGCUGGAUGAAGAAGACAGGAGAAAGAUUGAGGCUGCGCAGGAAGGGUUGGAGGAUAUACCGGGGGAUUGCGGUGACGAGUACAGGAGGCCGCCGUUCUUGACGGCUUCGGGUGACUUGAGCCAUCACCACCUUGGGGGGAAGGGCGAGCUGGACAAGGUGGAGAAGGCGAUUGCUAGAGGGGAGAGAGUUGAGUUCCGGUCAGGUGGAAAAUGGGAGCCUGUUGCUGGGUACUCGCGCGCCGUGAGGUUUGAGAAUGUCAUACGGGUGUCUGGGACGACGACGAACCCGCCACCUGAGCUCCGGUCUGGACUUGCUGUGGUGGUUGGAGGGACAUCUGCCCGGUCUCAGGCGGUUGCUUCACUGGAUAUCAUUGAGAGAAGUCUUCAGAGGCUGGGGGGAUGCAUGGCGGAUGUGGUCCGGACGAGGGUUAUGCUCCGGCGGGAAGAGGAUGUCUUAGGGGUAUCAGAGGCCCACGGAUGGGCUUUUAAGUGUCAUGGGAUUCGGCCGGCUAAUACUACGAUCACGGCUGGGCUGAUUGGGGAUGAGGUGCUUGUUGAAAUCGAGGUUGAGGCAGAAGUGGGCAGUGGCAAGUCUGUCUUGGUGAUUGGAGAGGAUCGUGGAGCAGUUUGAGAGAAGGCCUACAAGAUCUUGCCAUAUGCAUAGCUUCUGCCUCUGGAUGUUGAUCAUAUCACCACACCUUACCUACCGGGGAUUACUGGCUGGAGUAAUCCUUCUGUCAAAGAUAACUGAGGCAGGCAUAAGAGAAGGC